GACCGAUUGCUUACUAUUACUCAACUCAGUGUGGUAACAACGCUUGUUUUAUAGGUUAGCAGUGAGUUUUGUAAAUUAAAUAUCAUUUUUUAAUUUAAUUCGAAACUAAACGACUCUUUUUCACUAGAGUUUAACAAUUAAGACGCAAGAAGAUUCCGUUUCAAAACAUUAUCCAUUAUACUUAACUCACAACAAUGCGGCAGUUCAGUUUGGAAAAGCUCAGUGAGCUGCAAAAUAGCCCAAAAAACAUAAGGAACAUCUGUAUUAUGGCACAUGUAGACCACGGGAAAACGACAUUGGCCGACUCUUUGGUGGCAAGCAACGGUAUUAUAUCACAGAAGAUGGCGGGGAAGUUGAGGUAUAUGGAUAGUCGUAAAGAUGAACAGGAGCGAGGAAUUACAAUGAAAAGCAGCUCAAUUGCUCUGUACUAUAAAAAAGGAGACAGUGAGGAGUACCUGGUGAAUCUGAUAGACUCGCCGGGCCAUGUGGAUUUCUCCUCCGAGGUGUGCACGGCCAUGCGCCUGUGUGACGGGGCGAUCGUGGUGGUGGAUGUCGUUGAGGGAGUGUGCCCUCAGACGCAGGUGGCUCUAAAGCAAGCCUGGUUGGAGAACAUAAGGCCUGUAUUGCUGUUAAACAAGAUAGAUCGGCUGAUCCUGGAGAUGAAACUGUCUCCGCUGGAUGCCUACAUUCAUCUGACCCAAGUUCUCGAACAGGUGAAUGCGGUGACAGCCUCGCUGUUCACGACAGACGUGUUGAGUCGUCAGGACAUGUUACCCAGCUCCGGGAACACGCUACAGGACUGGUCGGCUGGGCUGGAAAAUGCAGAUGACUCCCAGCUCUACUUCUCACCGGAUCAGGGCAACGUCGUCUUCGCUAGCGCUGCCGAUGGUUGGGGCUUCUGUGUAAAGGACUUUGCCGCCAUGUACGCCACCAAGCUCGGGGUGUCCGUGGAGGAGCUGUCUCUCACGCUCUGGGGAGACUACUACCUCCACUCCAAGACACGGAAGGUGACCAAGGGUGCUCAGGAGAAGGCGAAGAAACCCCUCUUCGUGCAGCUGGUCCUGGAAAAUCUGUGGUCCGUCUAUGAGAACAUUGUUGUGCGCAAGGACAAAGAAAAACUAAUGAAGAUGGUCGAAAGCCUCAAUGUGAAAAUGACAGCUCGGGACUUGCGCCAUACUGACUCCAAAGUUCAGCUGCAAGCGUUUUGUAGUCAGUGGCUUCCUUUAGCCUCCACAGUAUUAGACAUGGUUUGCGCCAAGCUGCCGUCACCCUGUGAGAUCUUGGAGGAGAAGGUGGAGCGACUUAUGUGUCCCUCCAACCAGUCAUGGGACAGUCUCCCGCCCGAGUCUCAAGCCCUCAAGAAGGCUUUUCUCACCUGCAGCAGUGACCCCGAGGCUCCCAUCAUCGUCUUCAUCUCCAAGAUGUUUCCGUUGGAGAGAAAAUGUUUGCCCCAGAAUCGACCGAGGGUUCUCACUCCGGAAGAGAUUGCGCAGCGGAGGGAACAAGCCAGACUUCGUCAUGCCAAUCAGAUCGCAGGCCUAGGUUUGUUAGAAGGAGGUGGAGGUGAAGGAGAAAGGCGGUUAGUCCCCCCAUACCAUCCUGAGGACGAUGACGUGUUCAUCGCCUUCGCUCGUGUCUUCAGUGGACGUCUGCGGAAAGGUACUUCUGUCUACGUGUUGGGGCCCAAACACGACCCUGCCGUAGCUCUACAAAAGAUGAAGCAAGGUGAAGAGAUUGACCUAAAUUUGACCUUGAAAGACCUGAAGGCUGGUCAGCAUAUCACUCGGGUGACUGUCAACGAGUUGUAUCUCAUGAUGGGUCGGGAACUGGAGACCCUGGAGGAAGUUCCAGCCGGAAAUGUCUUAGGAAUCGGAGGUUUGGAGGAUCACGUUUUGAAAACCGCAACACUGAGCACCGACUUGGCAUGUCCUGCGUUUCGAGAGUUGCAACUGCUGGCUGUACCAAUACUGCGGGUGGCAGUGGAACCGACAAGACCGGCUGACUUGCUGGCACUUGUUCGGGGCCUGAGGCUGCUCAACCAAGCUGAUGCAUGCGUACAGGUGAUGGUACAAGAGACAGGAGAGCAUGUCAUAGUGACAGCCGGAGAAGUUCACUUGGAACGCUGUGUCGAGGACCUACAGCAUAGGUAUGCCAAAGUACCAGUCAACGUGUCUGAGCCUAUAGUGCCUUUUCGAGAGACGAUAGUUCCUCCUCCAACGGUAGACAUGGUUAAUGAAGCCAUUCAGGAUCAGCAAAUUGUUGUGAAAAAAGAGACGGGAGAUGAAGCCGUGGGAGAGGAUGGGGUUGUAACAAUGUACACUGCCAAUAAACAGUCAGUGGUCAAGUUACGAGCUGUGCCUCUGCCCCAGGAUGUCACCACCUUCCUGGAGAACCACCAGGAGUUGAUACGGACCAUGGACAGGCACCUGCACGCACACGGCAGUGAGUUGUCGGAAACCAUGCAGAGGCUGACAGUACAGGAGUCAACAGUGACGAUGGGGGAGAAGACCAAGAAGGCAAUGGAAACGUUCAGGACAAAUUUGGGGGAUCUGCUGGACAAGGCAGGAGGUGUCUGGAGUAGAAGCACCCUGGAGGAGAUCUGGUGCUUUGGUCCUAGACGGUGUGGACCUAACCUUCUCAUCAACAGGAUACCCAGUCAUUUGGGACGCAACAUUUGGAAUCCUCUGAGCAAGGAAGGGUGCCAGCCUAAUCUUCUGGAGUACGACAGCAGUUUCGUCAACGGGUUCCAGAUGGCGACACUGGCCGGACCCCUCUGUGAGGAGCCAAUGAUGGGUGUUGCGUUUGUCGUGGAGGACUGGAGCAUCGAGCAAACGCCUGAUGUUAGCGGAAGCAGUGCGUUUGGUCCCCUUUCCGGGCAGAUAAUGUCGGCAGUGAAGGAAGGCUGCCGUAAGGCCUUCCAGGCUCAACCUCAGAGACUCAUGGCUGCCAUGUAUAGCUGCCAAAUACAGGCCAAUGCCGAGAUUCUAGGGAAGAUGUACGGUGUGUUAAACAGACGGCAUGGCCGUGUGCUGCAUGGAGACAUGACUCAGGGAUCAUCCACGUUCAGCGUGCAGGCGGUGCUGCCGGUCGUCGAGAGCUUCCUGUUCGCCCCAGAGAUGCGCAAGCAGACCUCCGGCCUCGCCAGUCCCCAGUUGAUCUUCAGCCACUGGGAGGUGAUAGAUGUGGACCCCUUCUGGUCGCCGAGGACCGAGGAGGAGUAUCUCCACUACGGUGAGAAGGCCGAUAGCGAGAACAGAGCGCGCAAGUACAUGGACCAAGUCCGGCGCAGAAAGGGACUUCUCGUGCAGCAGAAGAUCGUCCAGUUCGCAGAGAAACAGCGGACCCUCGGGAAAAACAAAUGAGAACAUUUUUAAUACAUGUUAUUUACGGAAUGUGGUAUUGUAUUUUCUGUAAUAAAAUUCAGUUGAAAAGCA